UUUACGCCUCGUUAUACGCACGCCGAUCGUCUUGCUCGCCAAACCAAGACGAUGCCUCAAAGCUCAUCGUGCGCAUUCCCAUGGUCCUCCGUGUGGCUGGCAUCUUUGGCAUCUCUAGCAAUGCAGUCGGUGCUCUCUUCCUCCCCUUCCUCCUCCUCUACGUAUCAGAGCGCCGGAGCCGGGAAGCGCCCGGGCUUUAUGGAGAGGACGUUGGUUCUCCUGGACGUCAACACCCGUAGUCCCAUUAAAGUUCUGAACGACAACUUCCUCUCUUUACAGCUGGAUCCGUCGAUCAUCAAAGACGGCUGGCUGGACUUUCUGAGUUCCCGGCGGCUCGUGACCCUGGCGCGCGGUCUGGCGCCUGCUUUUCUGCGUUUUGGCGGAAAACGUACAGACUUCCUGCAGUUCCACAACAUGAAGAACCUCGCCAAGUUCAGAGGGCCCGGACCAGACUAUUACCUGAAGAACUACGAAGACGACAUUGUGCGCAGUGACAUUGCCUUGGACAAGCAGAACGGCUGUAAACUGGCCAACCACCCCGACAUGAUGUUGGAGCUGCAGAGGGAGAAGGCUGCCAGCACACAGCUCGUCCUGCUGAAAGAACAACUCUCCAACAUCUACAGCAACAUCACAAUAACAGCCAGGUCUUUAGACAAACUCUACAACUUUGCUGACUGUGCUGGUCUGCAUCUGAUCCUGGGGCUCAACGCUCUGCACAGGAACCCAGACAACUCCUGGAACACCUCGACCACCCUGAGCCUUCUGAAGUAUGGCGCUGGAAAGAAGUACAACAUCUCCUGGGAGCUGGGCAACGAGCCCAAUGCUUACCGCAGCAUGGUGGGUCGUACAGUCAACAGCACACAGCUGGCUCAGGACUACACCAAGCUACGAACCCUCCUGCAAUCAGUGCGCUACUAUCACCGAGCGCAACUCUACGGUCCAAAUGCAGGACGUCCCCGGAAGAACGCCAUUGUGCUGCUCGAUGGGUUCAUGAAGAAUGCUGGCUCUGUUGUAGAUGCAGUUACGUGGCAACAUUAUUACAUGGACGGCAGAGUGAACAGAGCUGAGGACUUCCUGAAGACUCGACUGCUGGAUACACUGACAGAGCAGAUCACCAAAGUCCUCAAGGCUGUGAACACACAUAAUCCUGGUAAGAAGGUCUGGGUGGGUGGCCUGGGGCCGGCAUGGGCAGGAGGCACCAACAACCUGUCUGACACAUAUGCUGCUGGAUUCCUGUGGAUGAACACGUUGGGUAUGGCUGCUGUGCAGGGGAUCGAUGUUGUGUUACGUCACUCGUUUUUUGACUACGGAUACACACACCUUGUGGACCAGCACUUUAACCCGUUGCCUGAUUACUGGUUCUCCCUGGUCUUCAAGCGUCUGGUCGGUCCAAAGGUUUUAUCAGUGCAGGUGGCUGGACUGCAGAGGAAGCCGCAACCAGGACGAGUCAUCCGAGACAAGCUACGGAUCUAUGCCCACUGUACCAGCUACUACAAUCCGAACUAUGUGAGAGGUUCCAUAACCAUCUACAUCAUCAACCUGCAUCGCUCACAGAAGAAAAUUAAGUUGGCGGGGACGUUACGGAACAAGACUGUACACCAGUAUCUGUUGCAAUCUUACGGCGUUGACGGGCUCAGAGCAAAACAUGUCCAGCUAAACGGAGAAAAGCUGCUGAUGGUGGACAAUGAGACAUUCCCAGAGUUGAAGCCAAAGACGCUGAGGGCUGGACGGACAAUAUCCAUGCCACCCACGUCCGUAGGCUUUUACGUCAUCAAAAACAUGAACGCGUACGCGUGCCGACGAUAAUGCUGACCUUUGCCCCACAAAUUAAAGCCACGAUGCUCCGAACUACAGUUUAAACGUACAAUUCACCACUUGUUUCCACUUGUAAAGGAGAAGAAGUAAAAGAUCUGGUUGGGCCUUGUUCAACCGACUCUUUGACGGAGCGGCUUAAAAAAGCAGAUGUUGCAAUGACAAAGAAAGAUUUUCCCUUCGGACAUGAAAAGGGCUGCACUGAAGACCUUUUUCUUACUCCUGCUCGCUGCGUGUUCCUCAUGUGCAGUGACGCUCUGUUGUUUGUGACUUUGCAGAAAUGUAGUAUCAGAAACAGGCCACAUUCUUUGGCUUAAUGAAGCUUUUUUUUUAACUCUCAGAUGGUUAUCUCUGCAUCUGCUGGUCUUUUUUGAAAUAUACUUUUGCUGACAAAGCAAAAAAA